AUGGAAGACGUGACGGGAGAGGACAGGGAUCGAUGGGCCGCUGCGAACAAGGAGCUGGGAGCCACGCUGGCCCUGCACGCCCGGCGAGGAGGCGGCGAGGAGCCGGCGCGUCCCCGUGACGAUCCCUACACCGAGGCCUCCGUCGCUCUGGGGGUGCGUCCAGCCCUUCCUAGGUUUUCCGAGGAUGGAAGGGGAAGCAGGAGGUUGGUAAUGAAAAGGAAGGUGCUGCGGCACAGACCCGACGGAGGAGUGGAGGUCUCCAAUGAGCUGGCGACCAGCGAGCCGGAGAGCGACCCCGAGGUUUGGAGCCUGGGGCGGAAAAUGCUUCCGCUGAGGAGCGCUCCGGAGGACAGCAUCUCUGAGGGGGAAAUCGAGACGAGCGCCAGCUCCCUCGGUGAAUCCCCUGGGGACAGUCCCCCCUUUCUCCUCGGGGAUUUCAGGAGGCCGAGCCCUCCCGCUUCUCCGUCCGCCAUCGCAGCGGGACAACCCAAAUCCUUCAUCCCGCCACGGUUCGAGCCCCUGGGCCAUAACUGGAGGAAAACCGACCGAGUGGCCAAAUAUUUAGAAUACAAACGAGAAUGGGAGAAAUUCAGCAUCCCGGGGGAGGAUCAGCGGCAAGAACUGCGCUGGGCCAUCCGGGAGCAGAUGCUCUGCAGGCCGCAGCUCCCCGGCAAGCCGCCGCGCCCCUACGUCCCCAACGCUUACGCCGUGCCGACGGAAAAGAAGAGAGCGGCCCUGCGCUGGGAAGUGCGCUGGGACCUGGCCAACGGCCUCAUCCCCAGAAAAACCACCUCCUCCUAG